AUGUAUGACCCGUGGCUUCGAGAGAAAGGUAGUUGUUUCCUCAAUGGUCCGCAAGUCCAAAGCACUUAUGAACUCUUUGUUAAAGAUCUUUUGCUUCCCAACAUAAAGCAAUGGAACGUGGGUAAGAUUAAUCAAAUCUUUGGUACCGAAGGGGCUGCCAUCAUUCUUAGAGUUCCCCUAAUAGAUGAUGUGAGGGAGGAUAGGUUGAUUUGGCAAGGGGAGCAAAAUGGUGAGUAUAGUGUGAAAUCGGGUUAUAAGCUUUGGAAAGGGAUACAAAGUAGCAACCGUCGCGAGGAUCGUAGAGAUGCGGGUCGUUUUGCAGUUUUGCUUGAGACUCUUUGGAGAAGUAGGAAUAAUGUGGUAUGGGAAGAUACCCGGGAUGAUGCUUUGAAGAUCGGGUUACAAGCUUAUCACAAUUGGUAUGACUGGUUUUUAGCUAGAGAGGAUCAUAAUUUGGUAGUAGUUAAUAAUCUUUCAGCUUGCUGGAUUCCUCCUUCAGGUAACCAACUGAAAUGUAAUGUUGACGCAAGUUUCAAUAAUGUGUGUGGGACAACAAACAGAGGGUGGUGUUUUAGGGACCAUUUGGGAAGAUUUAUUUCAGCAGGAGUGUCUUGGGAUGUGGGUCUUCUUUCUUUCAUCGAAGCUGAAGCUACCGCUUUAAAGGAAGCAAUUCAGAAUGCAAUAUCUCUCCUGUUAUCCCACGUCAUUUUUGAAAGUGAUUGUCAAUAUGUUACUAAGACUAUUCAUGUGCCUCAUGUUGGUAAUUCGGAAUUUAUUGUUAUUAUUAAGACUAUUCAAAAUAUGUUACUUAUGUUUUCGAACUUUGAGGUAAAGUUAAUUAAGCGCCAAGCGACUUCGGUUGCUCAUACGUUAGCUAAGGCGGCCAAUUCUUGGUCUAGGCAUAGUUUCUUCAAUAAUGUACCUCCUUAUAUUGAAUUUAGUUUGAGUAAUGAUAUCAAUUAA